UUUUCUUAAUCCCAUUUUUUGGUGUAGGCUUUGGGCAUUUGUUGAAGAAUGACUAUCCAUGCUGGAAAUUCACCGCUUUUCAUUCAAGGCGCAAACUGGGGCAUUGAAAAUACAAUUGAAGUUCCAGUUGAUUCUGUGCUUGGCGAUCCGGCGUUCGUCUACGUCAACGUGUUUUCCUUGAUUUUUCGAGUUGUGGUUCAGCUGGAAAGGCUUUUCGUAAAGAAAAAAACCCGCUCCUCUAGAAAGAUCGGUGAAGAUCAACACACCAUCUUCAAAUUACUAGAGAAAUCAUUGCAGACCACUGGAAUCGAUGGUAGGGCUUGUCUCCUGAGAGCUAUUUGUGAGAUGCAGCAAGUCCCGUUUAAUCACUACUCGAUUAUGGGAGAAAUUCUGACCGCCCUUUUGACACCUAAACGGGCUGCUGGAAACCUGAUGCAAGAGUAUUUAGAAGCGGAAAAGCUGGGUCAAGCGGAUGCGGAAUUUUGCAUAACAAACUAUUCGGGAUGUCCAGUAUCGCUUUUCAAGAUGAUGCGCGCGUAUAGUACACCAGAAGACAAGCCGCGCAACCAUCAUCACGCAAAAGAUGCCAAAGAAGAGGGAACGUUUCUUGAAGCAGAAGCAUCGGACGUGGACCCGGGUGGAAUAGACGAUGACAAUCCGCGGAAUGGUAUCUCUAAUUUUAGAGUCGACAUGUUUUAAAAUCAAUGCGGCAUUAUAUGAUCAAUUUAAAUCAACAAGAAAAAAGCUGAGUGACAAAAAACAGCUACUGUCUAUUUAUAACUGUUAAGUUUCCUUAUUUAUUGUCAAAUACAUUUACCGUCUCACCUU